AUGUCUCACAGUGGGAACAAUGGAAGCCCUCAGACCUUCAAUGAUAAAGACACACUCAACCUCCCUGAGUCUUACCAGAACGAUUGGAUGAGUCUCCUUGAUGACAACAAAUUCAUCUCAGACAUCACUAUCCCUGGCACCCACGACACCAUGGCCCUUCACGGAGGCCCUGCGGCUGAAUGCCAGGCAUGGAAGCUAGAGGACCAGCUGAAGGCUGGGAUUCGCUACCUCGACCUUCGCGUGUUUGCUUUUGAGGGCGAGUUGUACACAAUGCAUGGAGUGAUGUAUGAGCAUUCAACCCUCAACAGAGUUCUAGAUACAGUGACGCAGUUUUUGUCAGAAUUCAGAAGUGAGACUGUUCUCGUUAGGAUUAAGCCAGAUUUGUUUAAUAAGGACGAGGUUCAAGAGAUGGUAGAGCAGGUAAUAAAGGGAUAUGACAAUGUUUGGGUAGACUCUGCAAUACCAACAGUAGGUCAAGUUCGAGGAAUGAUUGUCUUUGUGCAGAAAUCAAGCUUUCAGCUUGGCAUUCCUGAGAAGGAAACAGAUACAAAGGGUGACUAUGAAGUUAUACACAUUUCACACAAGGAGGAAGAAACUGCUCAGCACUUGAAACAGGCUGUGACAGAGUGUGGGCGUGAUUUUGUUGUGCUGACCUACUCAAGUGGUACAGGCAUUGGUACAUUUGAGGGAAUGUUUUUAACACCCAAGAAAGUGGCUGAAAAAAUGGAUCCUUGGCUGUAUGACUAUUUGAAGAAUCUUUCUGCUGGGGAGUCCGGACAAUGUUUUGGCAUCAUAGCUAUGGACUUCCCAGGACUUGAUCUCAUUCAAAUGGUCAUCAGUCUCAAUAUGUGA